AUGGUUAGAUGUGCUUCUGAUCCUUCUCCUUCAUCAAGUGGUUUCCCAGAGAUGACUCUAAGGAGGAGCCCCGGUGAUGAUAAAAGUUCUUUGUCGUCAAUGACUGAGCUGCCUAUGAUCCCUACUGAUCACAGCAGCCAACAAGCAUCAAUUAGCACUUCUGAGAGCAUGACACAAGAAGGCAUGAGCUUUGGGAGGCAGCAAGUGCAGAAGGAACCAAAUGUUGACAGCUCAAAUGAAGAUAUUGAGAACCCAUAUCAUUCAUCACUGACUGAGGAACUUGUGGAUGAUGGUUUAGUUCAUCUAAAUUUAGUUAGAUCACCAUCACUACCUUCUAGAAUAGAAAGGAAGAUGGUAACUCGGGUUGAAGAAAGCAGUCAUCAUGGAUCAAGAAAAUUGAUGCGGCAGACAUCGCUUAACCCUUCAACUACAAGUGUCUUGCCACCGCAGCAUAUCUCUAAGGGCAUGACACCAAGGCAUAGACUGCAGAUGGAAACAAAAGUGGAUAUACAGAAUAAGGAGAGUCACCAAUCUUCAAGUAGAGGCAUGAAUAGGACUCUAAGUCGCAGGAAGACAAUGAGUGAUCUUGAGAUUGAGGAAUUACAAGGUUUUAAGGACUUGGGUUUCACAUUCAACAAGGAAGACCUGAGCCCUAGUGUGGUGAACAUAAUUCCUGGACUGAGAGACAGGAGCGAUGAAGCUAAUAACUGUGAUGAAGAUAAGGAGAUGAGGAGGCCUUACCUGUCUGAAGCAUGGGUUCUGCAAAGAUCAUCAGCUCCUGUGAUGCCCAAUUGGGUUCAAAGGAGAACAGACGGAGAAGACAUGAAGGAACAGCUUAAAGUCUGGGCUAGAGCUGUAGCAUCUAACGUGCGUUAGUAUUAUUAAUAUUGUUAAAAACAUAUAGGGUCAAACAUAUAUACUUCACCUGAUAACCCCUAAUAUUUUCUUAGAUUAACUUGAUUAAAUUAGCUUUUAAUUAGUUAGGGUGUCCACCUCAAACAUUCCCCAGCCCCCACAGUGAUCCCCUUGGUCCAAUGCAUAUUAUUUUGUUGUGUGGUGUAAAAGAGGUGAUUAUGGGAUCACGUCUGUCAAUGGAUACUAAAAUCUCUAGUCUGAUUUCUGUUCUGCUCUCUCCUAUAAAAUCAAAAAAAGCUCAAUAUAUUUGAUUGGGGAA